AUGGAGGGUACUUCCACUUCAGUUUCAGCUCAACAUUUUAUUCCUGAAUCAAUGGCUGAAGAAGGACCAGGCGGUGAUAGACCUCAUCAUCAGCCAAGGAGACUCCUUGGAGAAUACAAUCAUCAGUUGGGUCCUAGGCAUUUUUCCAGUAUAGCAAGGCCAACCAAGGGGGUGGAGAUCAAACUAGCAUUACUAUCUCUCAUUACUGCCAAUCAAUUUGCAGGGAUGGACCAUGAAGAUCCUUACACACAUCUGUCUACUUUCUAUGAGCUUAUUGGUACUAUGGGUAUACCUGGAGAAGAUGAAGAAGCAGUUUAUUUGCGAUUAUUUCCCUUCUCUUUGACAGGUAAGGCCAACACAUGGUUGCAGGCACAUCCGAAUCAGAGCUUAACUAGAUGGGAGGAUGUAGAAAGGAAGUUCUUGGCAAGAUUCUUUCCUCCUUCUAGAUAUAUAAGUGCCAAAUCAACAAUUGCAACAUUCUCUCAAGGUGCUGAUGAGCCUUUAUGUGAAGCUUGGGAGAGAUAUAAAUCCUUGCUGAGGAAAUGCCCAAAUCAUGGGUUUGAUGAUGUGGCACAACUCAACAUGUUCUGUAAUGGGUUAAGACCACAGACUAAGAUGCUAUUGGAUGCUUCUGCAGGUGGUUCAAUGAUGAUGAAGGAUUCUAAGGAAGCAAUCACUAUUAUUGAUGUUUUGGCAGCCAACGAUUACCAAGCUCACCAUGAUAGGAGCCAGCCUACAAAAAGGGGAAUUCUAGAGCUGGAUACUCAGAAUGCAAUUCUAGCCCAGAAUAAGCUUCUUUCUCAGCAGAUGGAAGAGUUAAAGAAGCAAAUGUCCAAACUUCAAGUAGGAUCAUCUUCACGUCCACAACAGGUAAUGAGAUGUGAUUUUUGUGCAGGUGAUCAUCCAAAUGGACAUUGCACUAUCUCUGAAUCAGAACAGGAGGAAGAAGUGAAUUACAUGAAUAAUCCAGGAAGGCAAGGGAAUUUCUCUAGCAAUUAUAAUCAGGAUCAAGGCUGGAGGAAUAAUCAAAACCAGUAUUCUGAGUGGAAGCAAGAAGCAAGGCCAUCACAAAGGCAACCUCCUCAGAAGCCAUAUCAAAAUCAAUCUUCUUAUCAGCUAGAUAGGCUAUCAAAAAUGGAGGAAGCUCUUACACAGUUUAUCCAGGUUUCCACAACCAAUCAAAAAAAUACUGAAGCUUCUAUCAGAAAUCUAGAAGUACAAAUAGGGCAGUUGGCUAAGCAGUUGGCAGAGCAGCAAAGCAAUAAUUUUUCAGCCAAUACACAGGUCAAUCCUAAAGAGUAUUGUCAGUUAAUCACAACCAGGAGAGGGACUGUGAUAGGAAAGGGGAUUGGUGAUAAUUUGAGAGAAAAUAAAGAUGGAGUGGAUGAAGAUAAGAGUGGAGUUGAGUUGAAAAGUGAGAAAGAGGUGGAGGUGAAUAAAGAGGCAGAAAAAAAUGAGAAAAAUAAAAAAGAGAGUGAGAAGAAUGAGAGCAGAGAUGGAGAUGUGAAGGAGGAGAGCAAGAAGAAAGGGAGAGAAGUUAGUAGGCCUCCUCCUGUGAAGAAUCUACCUUACCCACAUGCUCCGUCAAAGAAAGACAAGGAACGCCAAUUUGCAAGGUUCCUUGAUAUAAUCAAGAGGUUACAGAUCAACAUACCCUUUGCAGAGGCCUUGGAACAAAUGCCAUCUUAUGCAAGAUUUAUGAAGGAGCUUCUGACAAAGAAGAGAAAAUUGAGUGAAGAUGAAACAGUGGAAUUAGAGGCAGGUUGCAGUGCUAUAAUUCAAAAGUCACUUCCACAAAAAUCUAGAGACCCAGGGAGUUUCACUUUGCUAGUCACCAUUGGCAAUCUCUCUGUGGGCAAGGCAUUAUUGGAUUUAGGGGCUAGCAUCAAUCUUAUGCCCUUAUCUAUGUUACAGAGGAUAGGUGAUGUGGAGGUGAAACCUACUAAGAUGACUCUGCAGCUGGCUGAUAGAUCUAUUAAGUACCCUCAUGGUAUUGUUGAAGACCUCUUGGUUAAGGUUGAUAAAUUUUGGUUUCCAGUUGAUUUUGUUGUCAUGGACAUGGAAGAGGAUUCUGAGGUUCCUCUCAUUCUGGGUCGGCCAUUCAUGAAGACAGCUAAGGUCAUUAUAGAUGUUGAUGAUGGCAAACUCAAGGUCAGGGUGCAUGGUGAUGAGGUGAAUUUUAAUAUUUUUGAAGCUAUGAAACACCCAAAUGACAAGAAAGAUUGUUUUAGAGUGGAUGUGAUGGAUGAAGUGUGUUUGGAAUCUGAAAGAAAAUUUUCAUUAGCCACACCAGUAGAGAAGUCAUUAAAUUUAUUUGAUAUGAAAACUGCAAGUGAAAAGAGGAAACUUCAAUUACAUGAACUUGAAGAAAUGCGUUUGCAGGCUUAUGACUCCUCAAAAAUUUACAAGAGUAAGGUGAAGUCCUACCAUGACAAGAAAAUUGUGCAGAGAAAUUUCCAACCAGGCCAACAAGCAUUAUUGUUAAAUUCUAGGCUGAGAUUAUUCCCUGGAAAGUUCAAGUCCAAAUGGUCAGGCCCCUUUGUGAUGAAAUCAGCUAUACCUUCUGGGGCAAUGGAGUUGGAAGAACCAAAUUCUAGAAGAUCUUGGAUGAUGAAUGGUCAGAGAAUUAUGCCAUAUCUGGGUGGUGAGGUUGAGAAACUUACCACUGUCAUUCAUCUCAAAGAUCCAUGA